GAAGAAGCAGAAGCUGCUUUUGGACGCAGCUGCAGCAGCGUUGAGUCUUCUGAGGAGAGAAAUUCAUAUUCGGUGAAGCUCCUGCCACAAACCCUGCAGAAUGAAACACACCGAAGAUUCUGAAGAGCAAACAGAGUUGAUUAAAGAAACCAAGGAGAAUGAAGAACUGAGUGAAGUUGAGGAGAAACCUGGAGAAAAACCUUUGAGUUGCUCUCAAACCAAACAGAAGGAUUUAAAGAAAAGAAGAGCCAAGAAAUGUUUCACUUGCACUCAGUGUGGAAAGAGUUUGUCAAGCAAAUAUCAUCUUGAUGUUCACAUGAGAGUUCAUACUGGAGAGAAACCAUACACAUGUGAUCAGUGCGGAAAGAGCUUCAUUCAAUCAUCAAGCCUUAAGGAUCACAUGAAAAUCCACACUGGAGAAAAUCUAUACAAGUGUUCACACUGUGACAAGAUAUUCAGUCGAUCAGCACACCUGAAAAUGCACGAGAGGAUCCACACUGGAGAGAAACCGUUCACAUGUGAUCAGUGCGGGAAGAGUUUCACACAAUUAUCAAGCCUUAAGAAACACAUCAAUAUCCACACUGGAGAGAAACCGUACAAGUGUUCACAUUGUGACAAGAGAUUCACUCAGUCAGGAAUCCUGAAAACACAUGAGAGGAUCCACAGCAGAGAGAAACCGUUCACUUGUGAUCAGUGCGGGAAGAGCUUCACAAUAAAAGGAAACCUUAAAGAGCAUAUGAGAGUGCAUACUGGAGAGAAGCCGUUCUCUUGUGAUCAAUGUGGGAAGAGUUUAACACAAUCAUCAACCCUGAAGGAUCACAUGAAGAUCCACACUAGAGAGAAGCUGUACGCAUGUGAUCAAUGCAGCAAAACAUUUUUGAGAGCUUCAGUCCUGAAUAAACACCUGAGAGUUCAUACAAAGGAGAAGCCACAUUCUUGUUAUUUGUGUGGAAAGAGUUAUGGCAUCAGAGACACUCGAGCCGCUUUCACACUGCACGUUGGUCCCGGAAAAUUGCCGGAGGGCCUUCUGUGUAAACGCAAACACAUCCCGGGAUUGAUUCCGGGAUUGUUUCCGGGUUGGGGACCUAGUAACAUUGCCGGGUUCAGUCCCGCAAUGAGCUCUGUGUAA